AGAAGAAAGAGAAGUUCUUGCGAAUACUUUCGCUUUGAAAGCGGAUCGUUAGAAAUGGAGUAAUCAACAUGGAUUUCUACUAUAAAUCUCAGAAUCACUCUUUUGAUCGUCUAUUCAUAAACCACUGUAAUCAAUUUCUCUAUAUUUUCAAUGGCGAAAGUUAUAAUCUCAAGCGUUGAUGAUGGCGUUCCAGCUUUCGAGGUUUCUUCUCCAUUGUUGUCUCUUGAAAGUAACAUUCGGACUUUUUCGGACAGCAAACUUCCUCCUCCUCAGUUCAUCAACCUUUCUGUCUUAAAAUUGGAUGGAUCAUCAUUUGAUGUAAAUGUUCCUGGGAAUUCUAAGGUUGGGGAUAUUAAGUUUGCAAUUGAGGAGUUGUUUAAUUCAUCAUCAUUGGAUAGUACUGAGGAGUUUUCAUGGUCACAAGUAUGGGGAUACUUUUGUCUGUGCUAUAAUGGUGAGAAGUUGAUAAAUGAUAAGGCUGAUAUACAGACAUUAGGAAUGAAGGAUAAGGACCAGCUUCAGUUUGUUAAACAUCUUGCAAUGGAUUAUACACCAAAUAGUACACCAGCAAGACAUCAAAUGCAAAAUCCUACACGAUCUUCAAGCAAUUUCUUAGCAUGUUUAUCGAGGCCACAGACAUUUGAAGUCGAGGGUGGUUGUGGAGACAACGAGAUCUCCAUUCCAAAAUUCAGAGUGGGUCAUAUGUUCAGUAACCGAAAUACAUAUCUCAGAUUAUUUGCUUUACGAAGAAAGAAGUAAGAAAUCGAUUUUUAGGGUUUAUCUUGAAAUGGUUGGUUUGAAAUUGGCCCACGAGUUAAAAUAUAGUAGCUGAAUGGUCUUUGAUCAAGACAAGUUUUGUUAAUGUUCUUAGAAAUAUGACAAGAACAAUGAAUUAGUUCAGUUAGCUAUUUGUAAUUAGGGCUUGCUUGAUCUGGGAUUAUUUUGAAAUAAUGUGGUUUUCUU